ACAAAAGCAACCGACUUGAGUCGACUCGUUCAAGUGAUCAGCGAGUGUAUCGUCAGCGCUAUUCGUCGUCACAAGGCUAAAACAAAAAAAACUCUACAAAAUCUACAAAUACCACAAAAUCUCCAAGUGCCUACAAACAUGACUUUGGUUGUCUCCAAGUCGUAUACUCCACAAUUUAGGUUGUUAUUCUCGAAUAGAGACCUCAGUUAUCGAUGCUGUUACUUUCGCUGUUGGAUGUUGUCGCAUGCGCUGCUGGCACUUCUUAUCUGAUUAACUGUCUGGUUGGCAAAUCGCUUUGGCCGUCGCGAAACACAAAGUUUUAUCGUGCAAUUUGUUUGGUCCGCACGAAUAUCGCUCUGGACGCCACCACAGGUGUCAUAGCAAUGUUAGUGUUGGUAAUGGUGGAGGUAUUGUUGUUGGUGGCGGUGGUGGUAUGAUCCCUUGUUUGGUUUCGUCGUGCUUGAGUAGACGAAGUGCCAUUCUACGAGUAAAAAAUAUCGUGCUGGUCGGUUAGUGACGAUGCCGCGUCUCAUUUGACAACUGAAAACCUCGAUUGUUCGAAUUUAAAAUGGUGAGGCACAAUGGUGAAAACAAGGCAAUCCAACCUGUAUGCAAACAAGAUUUAAGUGAUGAUUUAUAAAUGAGUGUGGAUAUUUGUAAUGUUAAGUGCAGUGCAGUAUUGUUGAGUAAUUAACUGGUGCGAUCAUUUAACUUCCAUUGAGUGUAUAAAAUGCAAGAAGUGUGUAGCACCUUAGAUCCCCAAAUGGGCGCACAAAUAAAGUCUGAAUCACCGUUGAAUGCACUACAGGUGUCCACGGGGCAGACGCUAGUGCCAGUAGUGCCUGUGGCGCAGGUAGUGUCAGUAUCAGUUUCAGCGCCGGCGCAAAUGCCUCUUGUGCCGCAGCCGCCGCCUCCGCCAUCAACAGCUAUGCUUGUCAGCAAAAUGGGAUCGACAAACUGUGAUAAACGUGCUGCUGCUGAUACCGCAUACUGGAUGGCCGCCUCCGAGGGGGGUUUUAUCAACUCUCAACCAUCUAUGGCUGAAUUUCUCAAUCAUCUGAGUCCGGAAAGUCCAAAGAUGGGCACACCUGUUGGUGGUGGCGGAUAUCCGGUUGGUGUUGGUGUUGGUAUUGGAGUGCCACAGUCGUCGGAUGGCAUGGAUUCGGUACCAGAAUACCCUUGGAUGAAGGAGAAGAAGACGUCGCGGAAAAGUCAAAAUAAUAACAAUCAAGCCGAUAAUGCAAUAACUGAAUUCGUUCCAGAAAAUGGCCUCCCCCGACGUCUGCGCACUGCCUAUACCAAUACACAACUGCUGGAACUCGAAAAAGAGUUUCAUUUCAAUAAGUAUUUAUGCCGGCCCCGGCGUAUUGAAAUUGCAGCGAGCUUAGACCUGACCGAACGACAGGUCAAGGUGUGGUUUCAAAAUCGCCGUAUGAAGCAUAAGCGUCAAACUCUUUCCAAGACCGAUGAUGAAGACAACAAAGACAGUCUAAAAGGUGAUGAUGAUCAGUCUGAUAGUAACUCCAACUCAAAGAAAUCAUGUCAAGGCUGUGAACUGCCAUCAGAUGAUAUACCAGAUUCCACCUCGAAUUCACGAGGGCACAACAACAACACACCGAGUGCGACCAACAACAAUGCGAGCGCAGGAAGUUUAACGCCUAACUCCACCCUUGAAUCAGGUAUUUCAUCGAAUCUCCUCGGUAGCUCAACGGUGUCUGCCUCGAAUUUAAUAAGUGCCGAUUCAAGUGUGGCUUCCAGUGUCAGCUUCGAAGAAGACCUCGACGAGAGUCCCAUUAAAGUGAAGAAAAAAGAUGACAGUCAAGUUGUCAAAAAAGAAGCAGUUUCCACGUCCACCAAAGCAUCACCGUUCUCUUAUGAUUCUCCUACGGGGGUCAGCAAUGCAAAUGGCGGAAAUAACAACAAUGCCAUUAUGUCGGCUGGUGGUGGUGGAUACCGUCGGAACUCAGACACCUCGUCACACAACAGCCAAACGACAGCGAAUUCGAAUAGUGGCCCCAAUAGUGAAGGUGGUCCGCGGAGAAAACGAUUCCAAAAUGUCAACAAUGCGAACGCGGCAAAUAUUAACGAAGCCGGCGGUCGAGCUGGAAUGGCCACAUAUUUUCAUGGGGGCUACUAUCCGAAGCAUAGCCUUCAACCAGAGCAGCGACCCCAUCUUCAUCAUCAGCUACAGCAACAUCAACAACCACAAAUGCAGCAACAAUCCCAGGCGCAAGUUCAGUUAACGCAAACUCAGUCGCCACACAACUACUACGGCAAAUAUGACCAUGAAUUCGCCGCAUCGGGGUCUCCACAGCAUCGACAAAAUCUGACAUUGCCAAUGCCACCACAACACAAGCUACAGCAAAUGCCUAAUAACAACCAAUUAAACCAUCAACAGCAUCAGCCGAAUGGUGAAUAUCGAAGUCCCAAACCGGAUUUCAUCAGCAAACUUUCACCAGACAUACACAAUCUUAAACUUCAACAUGAGUUCCAGGCUGGGAAACCAACGGCAGCUAAUGCAUUUCACCUUCCGCAAACACAUCAGCAAUCACACGCACCACCACAACAGCAAGCUUUCUACAGUCAUGGUGGUGAACCCGGCCCGCCAGGUGUCGCUGGGCACUACAUGAAUUAUAAUCACCAUGCGGUGGACAAUGGUAGCGGGUACAUGCAUCCUCAGCACCAUGAUGGGGAAUUUGAGGUGACUUCUCUGAAUACAGGGAGCAGCUAUUACGAAGCCAAGACUCAAACCGCAAGUUAUUAUGACCACUUGAACUUCCAACAGCAACAACAUCAGCAAUCAAUUCAUUCCGAGUUUCACCAGCAUCAGGCGCAACAAGCGCAUGACACUCAUCAACUCCAACCUCAACACCAUCCGCAUAUAGGUGGCAUAGCUGCAGAAUACAUGGCCGAUGGCUCGCCACACGUGAAGAUAGGAGUGGCGGCAGAGCCGACAUCGGCUGCGGCAGAUAUGUACAUCCCGCCAAAUGCCAGCGCUCUAGGUGUACAAAUGGAAAACUGCGACGGCAGCUAUGGUAGCUUCGCCAGCUAUUACGAGAAUGGACCGCCACAAAUGCAGCCGGAACCGACCAUGCCACCGCACCACCAUCCACAUCUGCACCCGCAUCACCAGCCGCCAACAACGCAUAUGAACAUAGGCGCCAAUAACUUUCCCAUUAACGGGAGCACGCCAGCUAAUGCACCAACAUAUCCAAUGGCAGGCAAUGGUGUACCCGGCACUGGUACUGGCGGCAAUCUCACCGGCAUGGAGAACUCAAACAGCUCAUCGGACUUUAACUUCCUCAGCAAUCUGGCUAAUGAUUUUGCACCUGAAUACUACCAGUUAAGUUAGUUCAUCUAAAGCGGUUGAAAGGCAAUUUUAGAACGGCUACACUACACAUUCAUAGGUGCAUAUAUACAUACAUACAUAUGUGCACAUAUACGUGUGUGUGAAUGUAUACUAUAUGCUGUGUAUUUAUAUGCGGGGUAAGAUUUCCUCACGCUAACUCGAAAGUAUCUAAACUCCAAAAAUUAAGAAGUGGCAAAAAGGUGUUUAACAUCUACAAGCGAAACGAUGUCUUACUAAAAUACAUAUAAUAAACGCCCCGCUCUUCUAAGCUUUCAUCUAGACAACUUCUUUAAAAGAAGAGAAAUUGUUUGUAUUAAUGACUCAUUUCCACGUGUGAAUGCUGAAUUUAUUUAAUUUUAAAAAGUUAUUUAAAAAUCUUAAAAUUCGUUUUGAAGCAGCAAAAUGAGCUGAGAAAGUUUAAUAUAAUUAUGAACAACGUUCAAAAAAGAUGUAAAAAGUGCGAAUUUAAUUUCAUCACUGAAUGGGAAAAAUAAAAUGAUUAUUUAUGUUACCUCAGGACAACGUUUUCAGCGAAGGUUAGACGGUUAGAAUGGCUAGUUUUUAAAUUUAGUCUAACCCUACAGAAUUGGUCAUUUAAACUUAGUUUAGCUGGAAAGCAACGUUCAGCCUGUACUGAAAUCUCGGUUCUCAAGGUGCAGGCAGACGUGGAAGAGAAAGUUGCUGACCAGUUUUCCCAAUCCAUUCUUCCCAAAACUUUUUUCCCAAUGCUUACUUUUCCCAAAGGCAAAUGUUCCCAAAUUUUUUCAUCCAAACUGUUUUUCCCAAGACUUUUUUCCCAAAUACAUUUUUUUCCAAAGAGCAAAAAAUUAUUUAUUAAUGAUAUAAAAAUUAUAAAAUGUGUAAAAAUUCUUUAGAGGCUGAUAUUGUGUCCAAGGAGUCGAAGAUACUCAGAAAUUUCGCUCCCUUUGUAAUCUUCAUAUUGAGCCACUAUACUUCUCAUUCUCAUCUUUGAUUGUAACCAUUUCUUUUUUGGAGCUGCUUUUACUUUUUGUCCCAGGUCUAAUUGUCUUAAAAUUGUUUCUGUGUCACACUGCUCUUUCAGAAACUCUUGAAGAAGAUAGUACAAUGAUGGAUGGUUUUUUCCAACCAUAAGUUGAAAUCUGUUAUGCCACCCCUCGCUUAUAUUGUUAGUGCGGUGUUGAUUGUUAAG